AUGAGGACGGCGUCGACGUGCUACCCAAGCGCUGUGCGGGGCACACACACGUUCAAGAUCACCGGCUACAACCUUCACAGGGCCCUCGGCGCCGGCAAGGGCAAGCCCCUGCAGUCCGCCACCUUCGAUGUCGGCGGCUACCUCUGGUGCCUCAAGUACAUCCCCGAGUGGAUGUUUGAGGAGGAGGACAAUACAGAUCUUGCAUUCAUUUUGCUUCACCUUGUGACCGAUGAUGCCGAGGCGAGGGCGUUGGUGGAGUUCAGGAUGCUCGACCCGGCCAACAAGCUGCCACCGUCAGUAGUGCUCUCCAAGAAGAGGUUGUCUGUGUACAAGCGUGGGCCUGCCCUUGGCACCUUGUUACAACCAUCGACGUACCUGCGAGAUGACAACCUUGUGAUUGAGUGCGACAUCACAGUUCUGAAAGAAUCCAUGGUGACUGCGGCUACCUUCGACAUCUCAGUGCCUCCCUCAGAUUUGGCAGAGUAUUUCAAAGAGUUGCUAGAGAAGGAGGAGGAAGCAGAUGUCGUCUUCAAGGUUAAAGACGAGGUUUUCCCCGCGCAUAAGAUUGUCAUUGCAGCAAGAUCACCUGUCUUCAAAGCGGAGCUCUUUGGGCCGAUGAGCGACAUGACAAGGCGGAACAUAACAAUUGAAGACAUGCAGCCUGCUGUUUUCAAGGCGUUGCUGUAUUUCAUCUACACAGAUUCGUUGCCUUCCAUGGAAAACCUUGAGGGAGAUGAUGGUAAGGAAAUGGGUAAGCACUUGCUCGUUGCUGCAGAUAGGUAUGCCAUGGAAAGGAUGAAGGUGAUGUGUGAGAGCAACCUUUGCAAAAGUCUCGAUGUUGAGAAUGUCACCGGUGCAUUAGCUCUAGCCGACCGGCAUCACUGCAGCGAACUCAAAAAUGCUUGCCUUGAAUUUAUCGCUUCUCCAGAUAGAAUGGAUGACGUGAUGGCAAGCCAAGGGUAUGCUCACCUCAAAAGAUCUUGUCCUGCUGUGGUAAUAGAUGUCUUCGAGAGGGCAAAAAAGUCCCGCGGAAUUUAG